AUGCCGACUGAUACCUGGCGAGCCAAGCCCAUUGCGCAGGAUGUGCCGUACCCUGACCCUGCGGCCUUGAAAGAGGUUCUUACACAGCUCCAAGACCUGCCUGGCCUUGUGACACCUGUGGAAAUCGAUCGUUUGCGUUCGCAGCUGGGGCGCGUAGCUGAUGGACAGGCUUUCCUGCUUCAAUGUGGCGACUGUGCCGAGCUUUUUUCCUACUGCAACCCGAAGCAGAUUGAAGCCAAGAUCAAGCUGACCCUUUUGAUGUCGCUCAUCAUUAUCCAUGGCGCGCGUCUGCCUGUCGUUCGUGUGGGCCGCAUUGCUGGGCAGUACGCCAAGCCCCGCAGCAAGCCUACGGAAAAAGUGACGCUGGCGAAUGACGAGACCAAGGAGGUGCUGAGUUUCCGUGGUGAUAAUGUGAAUGGACUUGGUGUCGACGAGCGCACGCCGGAUCCGCAGCGCUUGCUCAAGGCGUACUUCCAUUCCGCUGCGACGCUCAACCAUGUGCGAGGCUGCUUGAGCAGCGGCAUGGCGGAUUUGCAUGCGCCACAUGCCUGGAGCUUCCACCAUGUGCAAAACAAGUAUCUGCAGCACGAGUUUGAGCGCAUCGCCGACUCUAUUACAGACUCCUUGGACUUUAUGAAGACGGUAGGAGCGGAUCCGGGCGGCACGAGCAACGUGCUGAACACAGUGGACUACUUCACUUCGCAUGAAGGCCUCAUGCUGGAAUACGAACAUGCUUUGACCCAUGACGACACCCACCAGCGCUCCUACGACCUGAGUGCGCAUACCAUCUGGCUGGGUGACCGGACACGGCAGCUGGAUGGCGCGCACGUGGAGUUUGUAAAGCACAUCCAAAACCCGAUUGGCAUCAAAGUGGGGCCUAGCAUGGACGCACAAGAGCUGGUGGAUAUGCUCGAUGCCGUGAACCCAUGGCUAGAGAAAGGCCGCGUGACGCUCAUUUCACGGUACGGCGCUUCGAAAAUUCACGAGUAUUUGCCGAAGCACAUUCAAGCUGUGAAAAACUCGCGCCAUCAGGACCAUGUGAUUUGGUGCUGCGAUCCCAUGCAUGGCAAUACGAUUGCGUCUACAGCGAAUCCUUCUGUGAAGACACGUAUCUUUAGUGACGUGGUCGCGGAGCUCUCUGCCGCGAUGCGGCUCCAUGCAUCGAUGGGGAGCCGUCUUGGCGGUGUGCAUUUGGAGCUCACCGGCGACGAAGGUGUUACAGAGUGUGUGGGUGGUAGCAUGGAGCUCUCUGAUGAUGACUUGAUGCGGUGCUACCGCACACAUUGUGACCCUCGUUUGAACUACGAACAGUCGCUGGACAUUGCCUUCAUGAUCAGCCAGGUGCUACGCUCGCAGCGCCUGGGCUUGGGGGACGAGGAUGCCAUGAUUCAAGCCCUGUCGCAGAGCAUGACCGAUGAGAGCGACGCCCCGUAA